AUGUCAUCUAUUUUUAGUCAUAUAUAUGUGUUUUUGUCUGAUCGUAUCUAUCUAUCUAUCUAUCUAUCUAUCUAUCUAUCUAUCUAUCUAUCUAUCUAUCUAUCUAUCUCAGUCUAUGCAUAUCUAUCUAUCUAUCUAUCUAUCUAUCUAUCUAUCUAUCUAUCUAUCUAUCUAUCUAUCUAUGCUCCAGGAUUGAACAACGAAGUCCUUAUACCUAAAAAUUCACCUUAUUUAUUGAAUGACCCUCGUAUCUAUCUAUCUAUCUAUCUAUCUAUCUAUCUAUCUAUCUAUCUAUCUCAGUCUAUUCAUAUUCUAUCUAUCUAUCUAUCUAUCUAUCUAUCUAUCUAUCUAUCUAUCUAUCAGAAGCUACUCAUAUUGAUCGAUGUUCUUUCUUAUCAACAUUUUUUGGCAUCAAUUACACUUGACAGCCAUGGACAGACUCAUAUCUAUCUAUCUAUCUAUCUAUCUAUCUAUCUAUCUAUCUAUCUAUCUACGAGGGUCAUUUAA